GAUGCAGGGGUCGAACUGAAGCACUAUUCAGCCUUUUUUGUUUGAAGCCUGAACAACAAAUAAUCAAGAGCAGCCAUGGUUGAGUGGACUGAGCAGGAGCGCACCAUCAUCACCAGCAUCUUUUCCAGCCUGGACUAUGAAGACAUCGGCCCCAAAGCUCUGAGCAGGUGUCUGAUCGUUUACCCCUGGACUCAGAGGUACUUCGGCGCUUUCGGCAACCUCUACAACGCCGAGGCCAUCAAGACCAACCCGAACAUCGCAGCCCACGGCGUCAAGGUGCUGCACGGUCUGGACCGGGCUGUGAAGAACAUGGACAACAUCAAGGCCACCUACGCCGAGCUGAGCGUGCUGCACUCCGAGAAGCUGCACGUGGACCCCGACAACUUCAAGCUGCUGUCUGACUGCCUGACCAUCGUCAUCGCAGCCAAAAUGGGAAGCGGCUUCACCCCCGAAAUCCAGGCCACCUGGCAGAAGUUCUUGGCCGUGGUGGUGUCCGCUCUGGGAAGGCAGUACCACUAAACCCGACAGCCUCCGCACCUGGACACCCGGAGGAGACCUCUGACGCCUGUUUCUGUGUGUUAUGUGUCUUCUCCAUUAAGAAAUAAAAAUCCCACGACAGCAAA